CAAGUACUGCAUUCUUCAAUUUAUAUAAGCAAACGCAUAGCUUAGCAUACAAAGGCAUAAAAGCAAGCCACCACAAGCAAAAAGCAAGAGGAACAAAGCAAAGCCUAAAGUGUUAACCAAAAGUGUUUCGCCAUUCACGCUCCCUCUUCCAAAAGCAAACACCAACCCUACUCUCAAAAUAUGGAGCAAGACGAGGACGUGACACCGUUUUGGCUCCAAACCGCCGACAACCGCCGUAUCCGCCGCCGCCGCCAACCCUCAUCCCUCUUCUUCAACACUGGUAUUCUCAUCAUCCUCUUGUUAGUCGUUGCACUUGCUUUCAUCUUCGUUAUCAUCCCUUCAUUUCUCUCCUUCACAUCUCAAAUAUUCAAGCCACAUCUUGUUAAGAAAUCAUGGGACUCCCUCAAUCUAGUACUGGUGCUUUUCGCCAUAAUCUGUGGAUUCCUUGGCAAAAACAACGGCAACAACGACAGUGAUACCAGAAGUACAUACGAAGAUUAUAAAUUUUCUACUACUCCGAAACAUGAUCGUGAUCAUGUCGGAAGAUCAAAUCCGUCAACCCCGCGUCAAUGGUAUGACUACUCAUCAUCAUCAGAUCGGACGGCUUAUAACUCAUUACAAAGGUUGAGAAGCAGCAACUCGUAUCCAGAUCUACGGGCCGAAUCUUCUUGGAUGAUGAACGGUGAUGAUCGCUGGAGAUUUUAUGACGAUACUCCUUUGUAUAAUUACCGUAGUAGGUCAAGGCGAGAGCAUGAUCGAGAAGAAGUUUACAGUAAUAAUACAAAGGAUAUAGCUGUUGAUACUGUUCACAGGCCUCCGCCGCUGCCAUCUUCGUCCCCACCACCUGCAGCAACAGCAUCAUCUCCGUCGCCACCUCAAUCACCUCCGCCGCAGCCUCCUAAGGUAGUUAGAAGAAAACCCAAGCGGACAUAUGAAGAUCUUAAACCUAAGGAGAGAAGUGAACGUAAGGAAGUCAUAAACAGUGAGUUGAAAAUCAAGCAUUCUCUUCCAUCAACACCACCAGCAGCUCGGCCACCACCUCCUCCGCCGCCUCCACCGCCACCAUCUGUAUUUGAAAAGAGAAGUAACAAGAGUGAGAAAAAGAGAGGUGGGGUAACUAAAGAUUUCUUAAUUUCAUUAAGAAGAAAAAAGAAGAAGCAAAGACAAAGAAGCGUGGAAAACCUUGAUGAAUUCUUUAAACUUUCAACGCUUCCUUUAUAUCCACCCGCAUCACCACCUCCGCCACCGCCACCGCCACCACCACUACCUUCAUUUUAUCAGAACAUCUUUCCUUCCAAGAAAAACAAAGCCAGAAAGAAUCAUUCAGUCCCUCCACCGCCGCCGCCACUACCGUCAGUGGAAGCGCGUGCAUCAAAAAGAGAAUCCCAGACACCACCAGUGACCACCCAAAAACCUCCUUUGCCUGUCAAGAUAAGAAACAUGCACAAUGUGGAGGACAGCGUUGAAAGUGGCAACGAAUCGCCACUAAAUCCAAUUCCGCCGCCGCCGCCUCCUCCGCCAUUUAAAAUGCCGGCGUGGAAAUUUGAGGUGCACGGUGAUUUUGUUAGAUUAAAAAGCAUUAGGAGUUCACGGAGCGGGUCACCGGAUUUGGAUGAUCCAUUGAGCUGUGAAGCGAGUCCGUCAGAUGGUAAUAAAACGGGCGAAAUGGACGGUGGAGAAUCAACUACGGGCCCAUUAUUUUGUCCAAGCCCAGAUGUGGAUACCAAAGCUGAUAACUUCAUUGCAAGGUUCAGGGCUGGGUUGAAGCUGGAGAAGAUGAACUCCGUCAGGGGGAGGUCAAAUCUUGGGCCUGACCCAGGCCCAAGCACUGUGUAAGAAGCACAAAGCUUUUUUUUUUUUACAUUUUAUUUGAGUUGUUCUUAGUUCUUACAUAUACAGAUGAAGUAAAAUUACACAAACACAGGGUUUUCUUUUUA